AUGUCUCAAACUUCGAACCGAAUGUUCGCAUGCAUCAAAUUUUCGAGACGCCGAAUACAGCCGAUUUAUUUUUUUAAAGGGCCCAAGCUCCGUUUCAUUAAUGUGUUUGAGAAACAAGAAGAGAGACCUCAAUUCGGUAUUUAUCUAAAAACGGAGAAUAUGGGAGAGGAGGAUAUGAUGAGACAAUUGAGGGUGAAAGACACAGUUUUAGAUAUUGGUGGAAAAAAAAUGAGAACCCUUAAUUGCUAUCUCAACAGCGACGCUAAAGAAGAAGAUUUCGAUUCUCAAUUAGUGCAUCUCUUCAAUUAUCUAUCGGAUCUUUUCAAUAAUAAGACUGUCACUGUCUGGAUUCGACCAUCUCUAGUUGAAAAUUCUCAUAUGCUCUUCUCGAAUCUCCAGUUUGAGAGUUGCCAACUUUUAAAAAUCCUCGUUGGCGAUGAUUCGUUCAUUUUAUCGAACGAGGAAAUAACACGACUACUGGAAGUUUGGAAGCCAACGAUUGGGAUUACAAUAAAAUGUCGAGUGGAGGAAAACUUCGGUCCGAGAAGUAUUCUGAAUCUCCCACGGCUCUAUAUUUUCCACGCUCGAUGGCUCCAUUUCGAUGAUCUACUGAAUAUGGAAUGUGAGACGGCAUUUUUCAGAUACCAUUCAUUCACAGAGGAAGACGUCAAAAAGUUCAUAAACCAUUGGAUGGCUGGGAGCAAUCCGAAACUGAUGCAUCUUAGACUGAGGGGUUUCAAUUUAACGCCGAAUUGGGAUCACAUUUUGGAAGGGAUAGAAUAUGGAGUAUGGGAGGAGAAAGAAAAGAAGAAGAGACCGAGGAAUUUCAAAAACCGCUAUAUCUACAGUACGGAAGAAAUCGACUGUCAGAAUGGUCUUGAUUUCGAGAGAAAGAGUGAUGGAAUGAUUGGGACAGUCAUUCAUCAAUCUGACCAGAUUGAUUUCGUCGUGUGGCAUGAUAUACAAUUUUGA